AUGUUGUCUUCAGUUGCGUUCAUUAGUUCACAAAUCGUCAGAUUACUUUCUGUAACAAAUUCAUUGAAAGAACGCUUCCAUUCUGAAAACACUCUUAUAUGUCUGCUGCAAGCACUCACCGGCAAGUCUACCGUGAUUGAGUUACGAAAUGAGAGUACAGUCACUGGAGUUAUUGACAGUGUGGAUGCAUACAUGAAUGUGUUCAUGUCUGAUGUGGAGUUUGUUAAUGCCGAUGGACAAGUGAUGAUUCUCAGUAAUUUUUUUGUUCAAGGGAAGAUGAUUCGGUUUGUACAGAUUCCGGAUGAGGUUAAUAUCGUGACUGCUAUCAAGAGUCAACUUUCUAGCUGGCAAGAGAGAAGAACUAGAAAGGAGAGGGUACAACGGAGGAACAAAGCAAGGGCACAACUACAAGCCGUCCUCACACCGAUUGAAGAGCUAAUCACGCAGUACCCCGAUGCCAAUGACAAAAACGCCGCGUACCGAGAAAUACUCGCAUGGAAAUUAGCUGUCGACAACCGGCUAUCAGCGCUAGUCAACGCGGACCAACAAGUCAUCGAUCAUUACGAUGAAGACCACGCCGAAUUUACCGAGACUGAGUCAUAUGAAGUCGAAAUAAUCGCCCGCUUCGCUCGACUUUUGAUGUUUGUCGAAGAAUUCCAGACUAUUCGAUUUCAACAACCAGUCAUCCAACAAGCACCCCUCGAUCACAACAUGGCCGCCCUGCAACCAGAUCAACAAAUCCACUACAAGUCAGUUCAUCUUCCUUAUUUAGAAAUACAAAUGUACCCACUUUUCACGGUGAUCUACUCACUUGGGCUGAAUUCAUUGAUAAUUUCAAAGCCGCUGUCCACAACGACCCUCAUAUAUCCGAUAUCCAAAAGUUCACGUACCUCAGAAACUGCGUAG